AUUAUCGCAAUGGAAAUGAAGAUGCUUUCAAGAGCUGGCAAAUCAACAGACGAGCUUUACUCCGUCUUAAAGAACAAAAAGUCUAUCCUAUCAGGAGAGAGAAAGAAAUAUAUUGUUAGGUCUACAUUCCUAAAGCCUAAGAAAGAUCCAGAUGCAAAUUUCCUAGAAAGAAUAAGACUGAUUCAGAAUAAUAAGAUACCUGAGCCUCAAAAGCUGCUCACCUCUCCCACGAAAGGUAUAACCAAGAGUAAUUCCAAGAGAAAGGACAAGAAACAGAGGAAUUCUGUUGAUGAUGAGAAGGGGAGACAGUCGAGCUUCAGAACUAUCUCAAGAGGAACAUACUACAGAAUCAACAGUGUCAGAGAUCUGCCUCCACCUUGCGGGUAUUACAAUAUUAAUUAUGAGCUAGUGGAUAAGAAGGUUCCAACAAAGAACUUAAAACUUUAUGCAGAAAGGAAAAAUCAAUUUAUCUUGAAGAAUAAAGCAGAUAUCAAUUUCAUUGACACCAAAAGACUUGACAAACAAAAAGGAUAUAUUGAUUUUAAAUAAAAUUAGCCCCAGAGGUCCAUUCGAAAAGCUUCAAGAGAAAGGAAAUCCUCAUGAGAAAAGAUUUAAUAACUUUGAUCAUUUCCCUUCAAUCUCCUCAAAAUCAGACAAUAAAAUGGAAGCUGAUUUUUCAAAGACAAGACCAAGGAAGCCAAAUUUCCAAAUAAACCUAACUCCAGCAGUAUAUGAACCCAACCACGAGUAUUUAAAGAGAUCUCUGAGCAAGACUGGAAUAGCUUGGAAGAAACUGUUGCCUAGACCUCCAAUAAUUUCACCAAAGAAAGAAAUAGACUUGAACUCAUCCUCAAUUGAUUUCGACAGAGCCCUUGCUGCUAAAAUGAAGCUUAUGCUCUAAUAAC